AUGCCCGCCGGUCUUCAAAGUGAUCAGGAGCGUCAAUCAAUCAGACCCAGUUUGGCCGACCUCACAAAUGACGAUUUCUUCGAGAAACUUCAGGUCGAAGCAAACCAACUCAGAAAUGCUCCAAGCUUGGCCACCGAUAACGCGUUGCCCCCGCUCACCCGUCCGAAAGCUGAAGCCCCCAAGUCUUCUUCGACUGCCAAAAAGUCGCGCUUUGCCCAACAACGGGAAGCCGAGCAACAUUCAAGCCAAUCACUGGACGGCGAUUUACCGGUCCCAACUGGCCGGUUCGAAUUCGAUCUCGGCUCGGAAGGAAAUGCCAGCCAAGACUCUCCUCAGCCCAGCAAUGCUGAUUCUAAAACCCAGCUUCCUCUGAUGGCAGAAAUCAUAGAACGCUGUUCAAGUACAUCGAACCCACCAAACAACCAUUUCGAUCCCAAUUUUCGCCCAGAUGCCAUGACAACUACAGACCCGUCAACAGCAAAUAAUCCCCAAGCUUCUAUUCCACCAUGGGAGCUGAGACGGUUAGCCAGUCGCCAUUCCUCUCAGAAAUCUCAACAGACAUCGCUCGGCAAACCUCCAGUUGCGGAAAAUCGUGGCGACGCCCUACCUUCAGGAGAGUCAACGAAGGAGUUGCUUACAGCUACAGAGAAGCGUCAAAUCUCAUCCGAAAAUGAAGCCUUGCUGGCAAAAAUGAGCCCCGAUGAAAUCCUCCGGGAGCAAGCCGCAAUCAAGGCUCAGUUGAUGCAGUCUAAUCCGGAAUUAUUGACUAAGCUCCUCAGCAAGUUCAACGUCAAAAUGCCAGUCCAUCAAGCUCCAUCGGAUAACCCUGCUCCCGCCGUCCCCAUCUCCAAGAAGCAGAAACAUGUACGUUAUGCACAAGAUGACGCCAUCCCGUUCGACGCUUCAUCACCUCAAGCGGAGAAAGGCUCUUGCGCACCCAAGCAGCAUAUCAAAGUUACUUCCAACGGCUCGAAUGAUCGUGUUGAACCCAGACCGCUGACGUUCAAUUGGAAUGGCGUUCGAGUAGUCGACCUUGAAGAUCCUGAUUCAGUUAAUCAUCCGUCUGAAGCAAACGAUCAUGUCCAUCAGACUAGUAAUUAUACGUUCAAGCAUUUACUCCGACUCAUUCUUUCCUCCGUGCCCUCUCAGCGAAUCAUGGGAUUUAAAAUUGUCACCCAAAUCGUUGUGCGCUACUUCGAGAACUCUGGACAUGGUCUUGAUGACGCCGAAUUAGCCAUUCUGACUGAGGAGCUGAACGGCGCAAGCCUGGAAAUGUUGACGAUCGCCGCGCAAGCAACUCGUGAGCGGAAUGUGGGAGUUGCAACAAGUGCACUCACCCUAUUAUGCUCAGUUCUUUCCAGGGCAUCCGUCGCUCAGACUAGCAACUCAAAGCACAAAUGCAUCGUCCAGCCUGAUUGGAUCGAGGAAUUAAUUACUCAGACCACUCUGUUGGACGACUUCCAUUCUCACCUCCAGCACCAAGAAUUGCCCAGACUAUCGCUGACUACGAUCGCUCAGAUUCUUCGUCACUUAGUCACACUAGGAGAAUCGACUAAGGUAUCGGAGGAAAUCGUCAAGAGGCCCUCGUUCUUAGAGCUUCUAAUCCAAGUUCUGAUCGCUGUUCCAUGGCCGCUCAACGGUAAAUCAAAGCUUGAAGUGCCCGACCUAUCGGCUUUUGAGCUCCUUCUUGAGCUUGCAAAGAGUUCGCGAACCUGCAGUCGGUCGAUCCUCGAGCGUGGUCUACUGACACCGAUGCUCAGGUUCAUUGCUCUGCCAUAUUGGAACCUCCUGGGAGCAUCAGACAAUGUUACCGAAGGACUGAUUCCGACAUCGAGCGACCACAUCGUGGGAGUGCUGAUCCAUUCCAUGUGCUAUCAAUUCGAAUUGAUCUCAGUUUUCGCCGGUUAUGGGCUAGGUGCAAACCUACGAACGACCCUCGCUCCACUGCUGAGAACUACCACGGCUGGAUUGCACAAUAUCCUGAAAGAUGCAGUAUUGGGCUCUUCCACUCCGCCCAGCCGAGCCGCCCAGGAGCUGACACUCGCCUCAGCUUUCCUCAAGCUACUCCAAAGCUGGAUCCAAUGUGCCGACGAUCCACACUUCUGUGAUCCACCUCAUAGCAUCACAUGGAGUCAGGUAACAGAGUGGCAAUCAACCAUACUGGACAUUUUGAGGCUCUCUUCGGUAUCUUGUCCUCGUUCUCCCGGCUUGAACAGAGUGCUUGCCUCCGCUUGCGACUCACUUGCGGUAUACAUAGGAAGAUCGUGCCGCAAAAAGCUCAACAUCGGUGCUUGUCUUGCUAGCCUAGAUUCUUUGAUGCCUCAACUCGAAUCCAUCUUUCAAACAAUCGCACACAACCUGAUCCAGUCUUCUUAUGCAGAUCAUCAAUCUCAACCUGAAUCCUCCCAGUGUCAUUUGCUUAUAAGCUUCGCCAAGCUAAAAACGUGCCUUUCUCGAAGCAAAUCUAGCCACUCGGAUGAACACCCCCUCCUUGCCGCGACGCAUCUCCAAUGUGAUUUUCCUGAUGAGACCUUUUCUCUCACAUGCCGAUUGGCCUUUGAAUCUGAAGGAUUAUCGUUGCUUCCUUGGGCGCUGUCGGUCUUCCAUCCUAGCUGUGAAAACACAUCCGACUUGGAAAGAAUUCUCUUGGCAGGCCUGCUGGUUCGGAAUUCUGACGGAAUGAUUGUCCGUGACCUUUUGGCAGAAACGCUCAAGCGAUGCCAAUCGAAAGUCAACGCCGAAUGCCAAGCUGCCAUCAAGCCGUCGACGCAACUCAUCGAAUUGUCCCGUCUCUUGCCCAUCUUCAGUGAUUACAUUGAUCAGUCCGCCCCCUCUACUCAAAUCUCAGAUCCUUCACCUCGGCAACUCCAAAACCAAAUGAGUCAGAACGAUAAACCAGCAUUCUUGCUUCCUUCAACUUGGCCUCUGCUGGCGAUCGCUUUUCUAAAGCCGGGACACUUAGCCGCAACUCCCACCAUUCCUGAAAUCAAAUCCAGCGAUGUUGUCCGAGCAAGCUUUGCAAUGACUAUUGUCGUGCAAUCCCUUCUGUCUGGUAUGCAAGGCCGAUUUGAAAGUAUAUUGCAGACCUUGCUGCUCGACCGAUGUUCAAUAUGGAAAAACGUCAUGACAGCCAUCAUUGCCACGACCUCUCAGACAUAUGAGGAAUCGCUGGAAUCGAUCUUUGAAGAUGAAGCGUGUGCCCAGUUGGUCAUCCGUCUCAUGGAUUUUUCCUGCCCACAUCCUCCUCAUCUUUCCCAUCCAAAAAGUAGACCCGAAGUGCCUAAGGUUCAAGAAUCAGAAGACGGGGAGCUGUACAUGAUUUUCACAGAUAUCCUGGCUGCCUUUGAUUGGGGAUCUUUUGGGAAUCAUUCGUUUAUGCGGAUCUUGGUCCCGUUCCUUUCGAUGAAAAGAGGCCGAGAAUUCCGGGGAAAGCUGUUUAGUGAUCAUGGAGAUAUCUUGAAAAAGAUGCGAGUUGGUCUAGAAGAUGUUUUCAGUGUGGAUGAUGAUGUUUGCGAGGCGAAAGUGAAGGGCGACUAUUGGCAGCUCGAAGAAUAUCUUUAUCCAUUGGAAGAUAACGCGCAAAUGCUCCAUCUGUUUGCCGAAUUCCUGAGCACCCAUUCGGCCUCCAUCACUCCUCGAGAGCGUCCGUUCCUGUUCCUCUACUUAAUCCACCACCUGUCGAGUCAGAUAUGGAAUGCCGAUCUGGAUGACCGACUACGAAUGGACCUGUUGAAAGUGAUCCUGAGUAAGACGAAGGACAAGCAGACCUGUCGCGCCCUUCUAGCUUACGAUUGUGCGGCUCCUUCCGAUGGAUCGUCUCCCUGGGCCCUCCAAUCAGCGUCCUUCGUCGCCCGGCAAUCCGAUCCAGAUCCCAUCGCCCCUCUCCAAAACUCGCCUCACCUCCCCAAACUUCUCGAGCUCCAGAAACUCUUCUCUCGUGUGCCGGGGAAUCACCAUUCUUCGCUCGCCCGUCUCGCUGAACUUGGCUGGCUAAUUCAUCCUGAUUCGCUCGAGACUCCCCCCUAA